GGUUCCACAUGCUGCCAGGCUGCAAGUACAACUUGUCUCAAUUGUCAGAGGCAGAGGAUCAGUGGCACGCAACAGCAGAUUGUCAGAUACAGGAAGCGCACCAAGCAACUGUCAGUAUGAGUCGGUGUGUAAUUAGUAUAGCUGAGGUCCAGAGCUUCAUCGAGAGGUGCAUGACUGCAGUGGGCACUAAACCAAAUCAUGCCAAAAGCUUGGCGGAGGUUUUGGUGGCGGGAGACCACAGAGGCCACUACAGCCAUGGACUGAACAGGAUGGACAUGUAUGUAAAAGACAUCGAGUCAGGGAUCUGCGCCAAAGACGGUGAGCCUGUUGUGCUGAAGGAGUCUGUGGCCACUGCGCUGGUGGAUGGGAUGAAUCUCCUGGGCCCUGUAGUGGGAAACUUCUGCAUGAACCUGGCCAUGAAGAAGGCCAAAGAAGUUGGUAUUGGCUGGGUGGUGGCACGAGGUUCUAACCAUUAUGGCAUUGCUGGAUACUACUCAAUGCGAGCGCUGAAAGAAAACAUGAUUGGCAUGUCGUUUACCAACACAUCGCCACUGGUGGUCCCUACACAUGCUAAAACGUGCACGUUGGGUACUAACCCCCUUAGUGUGGCAGCUCCUGGUACAGAUGGUGACAGCUUUGUGCUGGACAUGGCCACAUCAGCAGUGGCUCUGGGAAAGGUGGAGCUCCAUGAGCGGCGUGGAGACAGCAUCCCGGAGGGCUGGGGCUGUGACGCCCAGGGCAACCUGACCACUGACCCUAAAAAAGUCCUGAACGGAGGAGGACUGGUGCCCAUCGGCGGCAAUGAAGCCACAGGAGGUUACAAAGGUUAUGGACUGGGGAUGAUGGUGGAGGUUUUCUGUGGCAUCCUGGCUGGUGCCAAGUACAGCAAAAAUAUCCGCACUUGGAAAGUAACCGAUAAAGUUGCUGAUUUGGGCCAGUGUUUUGUGGCGAUUAACCCAGAAAAUUUUGCUGACGGGUUCAACGACAGGAUGUCUGACCUGAUGUCCAUUCAAAGACAGCUGGAUCCUGCUAACUCUGCUGCUCCUGUGUUGGCUGCUGGAGAUCCAGAGAAGAUGAAUAUGAAGCGGUGUGAGGAGUUAGGUGGGAUCCCCUACCACAUCAACGUCAUCAAUUACAUGAAUAACUGUGCUCAGAAAAUCGGUGUGAGCCAACUGCUGCCAUGUGACAAGCUGACCUCCAGUUAGACUGUGGAGUCAGGAUCAUUGGACACUUUAUUGCAUCAGGAUGUCAAUCGAGCAAGUUCGUGCAAUAAUUGAAACACACAACGUAGAAUUAGAGUCUAUCAACAGCCUUAUUCCCAUUCUUCAAGCGUUACAAAGAACAUAUUUUGAAGCAAGUAGUUACUGUACACAUAAAAUGAUGCAAUAUCUUUUACUCAUGACACUACAAUAUCUCAGUAUAUCUGAAACUACAUGUAACUGUAUUCAGAAUAUCUACAUCUCUGACAGAACAUUUACACUUUUUCACUUUUUAUUUUAUUUUGUUUUGUUUUUAAAGAUGUUGAGUGAUAAGGUUGUAGACAAACAUUUGGGUACCCACUGAAAAAUUUGCACAGAUUUUUAUGAUGCAAAAAAAAGAAAAACGUCAAUAUUUAAAAUAAAUAAAUAAAUAAAGGAAAAGAAAUGUCUACAACAUGAUCAAAUUUAACGAAAAAUCUCUUGCCAUCCUCUUCAUAUUCACUGACUUGGAAAUGUUCUUAUAUGGGCCUAAAGGUACACUUCAUCAAGCCGUGUUUGUAUCUGCACACUCAAAUAUUUUAUAUUUAUUCAAUAUAGAUCUCACUGAAGAGGAAUGAUCAUCACUUAUUUUAUUUUGCUUGUUUCUUUUAUAUUAUUUUACUCAACAAAAAGGCAGAUUUGUUUCUUUUAAAUUCUGAUUUGAUAUCAUAAAAAAUUCAUUUUUCCAGGUGUAACCAAAUUUUUGCAUCCAAGUGUAGCUUGUAAGAAACUUCACACUUAAAUUUGAAAAAAAAAAACAAACAAACAAAAAAAACCACAAUAAUAAACCACAAGUGUUAGUCCUCAACAAACUGUGGUAGACCGGAGUGUUUCCAGCAGUAAUGCCACCAAAUUUUAUAUGUGUACACGUCAUUGCCUGUUGUGACACACAAAAAUAUCAUUUUAAAAAGAAAUAUGGAUUUAAUUUUUUUAAUGGAGAGUGUUUAUUUUCUAUGAGAUCAUUUUAAUCUGUCUAUCUAUACAAUUUGUUGUGCUUCAUUCAAUAAAUAUUACAUGGAAAAUGUU